UUGGAUACCACUUUCCUGACAGUUUGUACGUAAAAUAUACUCUCUCCGUCAUCUUGUAUUGACUUUUCCAAAUUUCAGCCCAACGUACUAUCGAGCGCGUUUUCAAUAACAUCUUGGUAGUUAUUUUGAUGAGAUUUGGUAUCGUUAAUCGCUAUGAACGCGUUAUUAGAAUGGCGGCUCUUCGUGCUCCUGUUUGUGAUGCCGUCUGUGCAGUCGGAGGCUGAUCGAGGGAAGACUUGUGAAGCGGACCAUCCGUAUACAGAUGGGUUGGUCGUCUAUAGUGAGCUUUUACUUGGUUCUGUUAAAGAAGAGAUAACACGACUCAUGGAGGAGUGCAACCUCACAAAGAGAUCUGGAACCAUAAUCACUAAAGGGAUGGAUGACUGUCUAAACACUAAGGAAGGUAUUGAAAAUGACAUACUUGCCAUGACUAACGAAAAGGAAAACUUGAUAAGGGAAAUGCACAGACUCCAGUCGCUGCACUCCACGCUGGUGCAAGAUCAACGCUCCAUCAAGCAAGCUUUAGAAAUGCCACCACUCGACUGCGGCGACAUACAACUGGCGGGCGCCAAAGAGAGCGGCUUGUACGAUAUCAGACUUAACAGAACUGGAGAUCACGUGAAGGUCUUGUGCGACCUCGAGACGAAUGGAGGAGGAUGGACCGUCUUUCUGCAGCGCGACAAACAACUGGAGCCCACGAACUUCAACAGGUCUUGGUCGGAUUAUAAGGAAGGCUUUGGGGAUAAAAACGCUGAAUUCUGGCUCGGGAACGACUUCCUUCAUAUCCUUACUUUUGGCAAUAAUCCUGUGACCUUGAGGGUGGAGACAGAAGACAUCGACGGAAACAGAAGAUGGGGCGAAUGGAAUGUCUUCAAAGUGGAUAGUGAAGAACACAAAUACAAGUUGACGAUAGAGAAAUACCGAAACACGAGCAACCUUCCAGAUAGUUUGGACGCGAACAACGGGCAGAUUUUCAGUACGUGGGACCAAGACAACGAUAGUUUACCAGAAUAUGCCUGCGCUAACUUACUCGGUGGAACGGGUGGAUGGUGGUACAACAAUUGCGGAUACACUAGACCGACGGGAAACCUGGCAAAUAUUGGACAAGUAAAUGAUGGAGGGGUUUAUUAUUUUGUGCACUGGUGCAACUACUCAGCCGACGCUCGUGACUGCUGGUGGUUACAAAGUAUUUCCUUGAAACUUCGUCGCAGCCAUUAUAAGUUCCCAUCAUCGCUUGAUAUGGGAAAAGUUUGCUAAUAAAAAAAAUUUGCUUAACAAGAAGGUUGACUAGGGUUUUAUGUACAGCCCUCCACAGGGAUGAUUCCCUCUCCGGCGGGCCCUUGUACGUUUUCCAAAUAAGUUACUUCCUAUAAUAUUUAUUUUAUAAUUGUCUUUUAGUAUUUUCUCAUCAGUAUCGUAACUCCUGCAGAAUAGGAGAGUCUUUAGUUCUUUAUAAAAUUUGCUUUCUUCUUGUAUAGUCUUGGUGCGCAAUGUUCAAAUGCUCUCUCACCUGACUUUCAAUUUGUUCUAAGUUCAAAUACCCUAUAUCCUUCACUCGCAUGUCUGAUCACAGGCACUUUCUUAGAAAUGUUGUUCCCCAUAUUUCAGUGCUUUAAAGACUGUAAGAAGUAUCUUGUAUUCUAUUCUUGCUUUUACUGGGAGCCAAUGUAGCUCGAUUAGUGGUGGUGUUUUUCUGUCACGGUAUCGUAAUCCUUUUAUUAAUCUGGCGGCUCUGUUUUGUACUCCUUGCAAUUUUGUCAGUAGGUAGUUAGGAAGGCCGUAGUAUAUAAUUUGCAGUAGUGAAGCCUCGAAAGUAUUUGGUUACAAAUUACUGUUUUCAAGGUACCUUCGUUUAAAUAUUUUCUAAUAAAUGCAACGUUUCUAAUAAAACAGUCACAGGUUUUUACAAAUGCAAUAUAUGGUUUUUCAUCGACAAUUCAUUAUCAAUAAAUACUCCUAAGUUCCUCACUGCCGCUACAAUGUUUAUGGAUAACGAGCCAAUAGUUAUUCUUUUGAAGUGUUCAUAUUUUCGUAGUGCACUAUCAGAUCCAAAUAACAAACACUCAGUUUUGUCCUCAUUGAGUUUUAGUUUCUAUGCACCAUUCACAUUUUUUUAUAACUUUCAUUAUUACAUCAAUUUUACUAAUGUCAUCUACCGUUUCGGGAGGAAAAUAGAAAUGAAUAUCGUCAGCAUACAGUUUAUAACUAACCUUGUGCUUGUUUAGGAUUCUAGAUAAUUCAUUUGUGUAAAUGCCAAAUAGCAGUGGACCCAGGACGCUGCCUUGGGGCACUCCUCUAGUUAGGGCUUUCUUUUCUGAUUUCACAUUUGAUAUAACCACUGUAACCUUCCUGUUUUCUGUGUAGCUUUUGUACCAUUUGAGCACACCAUCUUCAAUGCCUACUGCUCUCAGGUCUUCAAGCAGCAGAUUGUUGUCAAUUCCACUUGCCAUAGUCGCUUUUUUUUUAUCAUUUGUAAUUGCGCACAAUGUAGUGUCUGUAAGCUGACUGAUCAUCAGGUAUAAUGCUGAGUUGUUUCAAGUAUUCCCACGUUUGUUCGUGAACUACUGUUUCUAUAAGUUUUGAUAAGUACGAUAGGUUCGAUAUUGGCCUAUAGAAGCUAAGAUUUUCUUGAUCACGUUUUUCUUUGUAAGGCGCCUUUAUACAAGCAAGCUUUUAAAUAUUUGGGAAGGAUACUUGUUGUUACGGCCUCUGAGAGAGGUCCGCUUCAGGUUCGAUAUGAAAUAAAUACAGAAAAAUAUUUCAACACCAACAGUUGAAACUGGGGAUACGAAUAUAGAAAGAAACACUAACACAACAAAGGCUUAUUUACAAGCUUACUAACAAAGGUAAAUGCAGAAUGGUAUCUCCUAUUUACACAAGAAGGCAAAAUCUUAUACUGCAUGAACUGGGGGAACAGUGAGGUAAUUCAAAUACUUGCUGCUUAGUUUAGCGAAUCGAAGCGAUGGCUUCACAAAAGGAGAACGACGAUUGCAGACGUCCUCUUGACUCCGUAUUGCAGAAAAUAAAGUCUACUCUCAAGACUUGAAAGUCAGGAACUCCCCAAAACCUCUAGCAGGUAAGCAGGACAUUUUCUUCUCUGAAGUCUGCUCAACGUCAACGUCAAGAUGACUAGACCAGAAUCCAACCAACUCUCGAGCAACUUUUCCUCUGAUCCUUCGUCGGUUCCUUUUUCUCUUAUCUCUCUCGGAUGAUCUCUGCUGCUGCUGAUCUCUCACUGAUAAUCUGAUCUGUGGCUCUUACUGAGGAUAUCUCUCUGUGACGAUCUCUCUCUCACGAUCUCUGUUUUUUCCUACUUCAUCCGUUGUAUGGCGAACGUCAAAGGCUCCCGAGAUUACUAGAACUUCUUAGAAGACUCUAGACGGAAUAUUGCAUCAUAUUUCGCUGCAUUUCUCCCGACACUUAGGCGCGUGUUGCGCUCCACAACACGCCCGACGAUUCCAAAAACAACCGCGAGAACAGGAGCCUCCAACACGGGCGCGAAAGCCUCUUUAUUGCAGAAUUUCUCGAAGAUACGUUUUCCUUUCCUUUAACUUCCUUUGCUAUGAAGCAAUUACCAUCACACUUGUGCUAAACUCAUUUAGACAAUAUCUAAAUAUAGCUCCAGCAACUGAUUAAAGUCUUUUGCUUCUUUUAAAGUCGCUUACGGGAACGGGUCAUUUUCAUAGUAGGUGUUUUUUUUUUUUACUUAUGUUGUUUUUUCGAAGUCAUUCAUGUUCAGUUCAGCAAACUUACUGAAUUUGCUAUUAUGCAUUAUGGGCCUCCCUUUCUAAACUCAUGGCAGAUUCUUUCAAUUUUUUCUUCAAAGUAACUCCCAAAGUUCUCAGCCAGGUUCCUGUGGUCACUGGUUACGUCAGGUAGAACAUUUUUUCUCUUGAGUCCUAAUAUUCCGGCUAAAUUAUCAUGGAUUUUUUUUCUUAGGAUUUUUCUCCUCACUAAGUAUUUUAUUGUAAUAUAUUUUCUUGGUUUUCAAUAAUUAAGUCGUUGUACUGAUUUCUGGCUGCUUUAAACAGUAACCAAUUUUCACUUUUUUCUUGAUUUUUCGGUCUUUUCCUCAGAUCUUCCAUUUUUCUUUUCUUUUUCUUAGCUUCACAUAAUUCACUGUUGAAUUGUUUGGUAUUUUCUUCAACUAUUAUUUGCCUUGUCACUUCUGGGCAUUUAUCGUUAUAUUUUGAUGCUAAUAUACGUUUGCUAUUGUCUGUAAAACUACUUAGGAUGCCUGGUUACCUGUCAAGGUAUUUCUCAAAGGACAUUUGCACUCCUGGCUUGUUUCUCUUAUUUUCAUUUUGCUCUCCACAAUCAAUUUAUCAGCUUUAAAGUUGGUUUUGUUUCUGUAACUAAUAGUUUUUUUCAUUGCAUAGCCUUUCCAUUUAUUUAUACUAAAUGUGACUAGUUAUGUAUUGGAGAUAUCGUGCAUUAACAGGCUCAAUUAGUAUAUCACUCAAAAUCUCACUGUUUUUUUUUUGUUUGUAUCACUAGGCCGAUGGUCCUAUGGUACAAUAAUGAUUAGAUUUACAAGAGCGUGGCUUUCAAGUAACCCUAUAUAUUCUUUGACAUCAUUAGCUUCCAAUUGCAGGUUAAAGUCACCACAAAUCAGUGCAUUCUUUUUUAUCAGUUAACAAGUUUAUGAAGUCACUGAAUUCGUCUAGAAAGGCUUUGUGGUUUGUAAAUUGUUAUAAUUUGUAUGUGUUUAUUUAUGUGUGUAAUUUUAGUGUUGAUUACAUUCAAAUGUAGUGAACACAUUUUGGUUUCUCAUGGAUUCUUUGUAUGCUUUUUUGACAAAGAUUCCCACUCCACCACCUUUUUUGUUUUCUGUCGGCAAAAGUUGUGAGCCCACCCUGGCGUCAUUUCGUUUUUUAGAAUAAUCACUUACAUUAUUACUUAGCCAAGUCUCCGUUAGCAUGCAUAUAUCUAGAUUGUGAUCAAUUAUAAGAUUUCUAAUAAUGUUGGUUUUAUUUCCUACUGACUGUAUGUUUACUGAAUUGCAUGGAAGAUGAUUAUUAUUAGUCAAAGCCACGAUCCGUAUUAUGUUUCGCCCUUCAUACUUGUUCUUUGUAUACUGUGCACUCAUUUCCAUCAGGUUUUAUGUUCAGUCUCACCGUGGCCUUUCGUUUCACAAUUUUUACAUUGUAAGGUGGUGCUAGUUAGUACAUUCAUUUGAUGUGUCAUUUUCGCCACAGUUAGGGAAAACUUGGUUAUUUCUACAAUUUGUUGCACUAUGACCAAAUUCCUGACAUUUAUAGCAUUGAUAGGUCAUGUAACAGUCUUACACACUGCAACAGCUGUACAGCGUAUACAACUUGUCGCCUCCAUCAUAGAUAGCCUUUCGUAUUUGUGGUGUGCAUUUGAUGAUAUAGUGCUUGUCUCUGUCAGCUUUGGCUUUCAUUUCCUUUACAAUUUUCAGGUCGUCGUCUCCAGAAAUGAGAGUGCCUAUCCAUGGGUUUUUCUUUAUUAUGUUAUUGAUAAUGUCAUCUAGUACGUGCUUUCGGAACAUAUCCUACUUUUAUUUUGGGUUUUAGUUUACAUUUCUCAUUUACUGAUAUAUCACUGAUUUACUGAAUCUCUGUUUUAGCUUUUUUUGAGUUUUUCCUAUCUGGAAAUCUUUAUGAACAAGUUUCCAUCUCUUGUUGCUUUAACCUGUUCAAUGUCCAAGUGGCGCCGUUAUUUUACUCAUAAUUUGCUUCUAAUCAUCUGCCGCUGUGCUCUCAUCGUCAGGAGAUUUGAUCAAAAGCACCUUUCUUGUCUUGAGUGAUUCUGCAAAAGUUCUGUCCAUAUUUAUCAUAAUCUUUUCAUCUUUAUCAGGAUUGUCAAUUUUGCAUUGAAUUUCAUCUACAAGUUCUUCGAACCGAAUCCUGAAUCAGCUCUGCCAAGUUCAUCUUCAAUAAGUUUUUUGUGCUUUUUUGUUCCGGCCUCUUGCAGUUGUUACAGAUGUACAAUAUGUUGUCACAUGAAAGUAUGCCCGAGUAUUUACUCUCGAUUCCGAACACUCGUAGUGGAACCACGUCUCACAUAUUUCACAGCAAGUUCCUUCUUCAAUAACUUCAUCAGAGCAUUGACUGCAGGUACACUGUAAAAAGCUCAAGGUAGAGAAAGGGUAUAACGUUUGAGCUAAGGUUUAUACAUAAGUUAAUACACCCUACUGCUCAGAAAUACCCCUCUCAAUGGAUAGGCAGGGUAUUUUUGGUGAAUAUUAUACCCUUUUUACAUUUGCUCUCAAAAUGGGCUUCGGAAGUAUAUCUGAUUAUGUCAUGAAAUGAACUUUUACUCUUUAUCAAUAACCAUAUUGUUACACUGAUAGUGUAACGCAAUAAAAAAAGUUACUAAUAGUAUAAUAGUUUUGAGUUAUUGAUAAUUUUGCAGCAAGUCGGUAUCCUACAAAUGUAGUUCUUGGCAAUUAUAUCGUUGCCAAGACUCACUUGAUUACACAA